AUAUGCAGCAGCAAUGCAACAUUCCAGUAUCCAGAGAGAGGCCUUGAGAAAAAAAAAAGUCAACAAAGUGUCGCGUCAUAUUUAGUUAUGGCUAAAUGUCAUCCCAAUACAAAGACUGUAUCAGUGCAUCAUGGUACAUUUUCUAUACAAUCUGAAUAAAUUGGAACAGUACAUGCGACAAAUCACACACACUGGCAAUUCUAUACUCGAAACAAGUGUAGUAUAGUGAUAUCUCAUACAAAACAAUGAUGACUGUAUUUGGGCAGGAGCCCCUGAAUUUACUACCUGCUCUGAUUUCCAUCAUCUUCUCGACACUGAAGUAUAUAAAGGACACCAUAUUCCCUACGUAUGCGGAUUUGAAGGGCGAGAUUUGCUUCCUUACGGGUGCGGGUGGUGGUCUAGGAAGAGAGAUUGCUAUCAAAUUGGCCAAGCAGGGCGUAUACAUGUGCCUGUGCGAUCUUAACCUGGAUAGUGCUAAGGUAGUUGAAGCUGAAAUCAUUGGUCUUGGAUACAAAGCAAAAGCCUACAAAUGUGAUGUAGCAAAUCCACAGAACAUCGCCAAGCUUGCAGAGCAGAUCAAGAAGGAAGUUGGUGAAGUUACCAUAUUGAUUAACAACGCUGGUAUGGUUUCUGGCAAGCGCCUGUUUGAGGCUACGGAUUCCCAGAUCAACAACACCUUCAAGGUCAAUACCCUAUCUCACUUCUGGGCAGCCAGAACUUUCAUCCCCACGAUGGUCAAACGUAACCAUGGUUAUGUAGUUACCGUUGCCAGUAUCGCGGCCUACAGUGCCACACCGGGUCUAUGUGACUACGGUGCAUCAAAGGCGGCUUUGAUCGGUUUCCAUGAUGCUCUGCGUAUGGAGGUUCAAGAGGCCGCAAAUGUCAAGCUGCUGUGUGUGUGCCCAUAUCUGAUCAGAACGCCAUUGUUUAACAAAGCCAAACCAAUGAAGUUGGCGAGCAUCGUCCCAACACUCGAUCCGGUGGAUGUAGCUGAGAAUCUAGUCAGGGGCAUACGGGUGGGAAGUGACUUCGUGCUGAUGCCUGGUGCCAUGUGGGGCAUUCCACUGCUUAAAGCAGUGCUACCCACUCCAGUAGCUGACUAUAUCAACUGUCUGUUGGGGGCGGAAACCUUUAUGGAUGCUUACCGAAACAAGGCCAGAACGGAAUAAGAGCUUGUGCGCCAUCAGACACAGUGAAUUCUCAAUAGCUCCUUGAUCUACCCAGGCGCCAGUUAUUUUGGGGCUAAAAUGGUUAUAGCUAGUGAAAAAACGAGUCGAUUUGAGGGGAAAUCCGCUUUUUUUUUCUAUCGAGCUUGUCGUAUAGACAAGAAUGGAGGGUGUCUUGAAAGCCGUGUUUUCAAUAGUAGUGUAGGAACAUCUUGAGCUGUGGAAUACCGCACGCAACUACGUCAAGGAUUCAGAACAUUGACAUGCAUUAAAAAUUGGC